GAGAGACCAGAGGAAGAAAAACCUAGUGCUCCACCCCCACCUGGAAAUGAAGAGGAAGCUGCAGAAAAUGGCGUUGUGAAAACGAAGGUGGCAGAGGCUGAGGAUGACAGUGAUAGUGAUAGUGAUGAUGACGAAGAUGAUGUUCAAGUCACCAUAGGGGAUAUUAAAACAGGAGCUCCACAGUAUGGUUAUGGAGCAGCCCCUGUGAAUCUCAAUAUUAAGACAGGAGGAGGACGAACUUACGGAUCUUCUGGUGCAAAAGUUAAAGGGGUAGAUCUGGAUGCACCAGGGAGUAUUAAUGGUGUGCCACUUCUGGAAGUAGAUUUAGAUUCUUUUGAAGAUAAACCUUGGAGAAAGCCAGGGGCUGAUCUCUCUGAUUAUUUCAACUAUGGAUUCAAUGAAGAUACCUGGAAAGCUUACUGUGAAAAGCAAAAGAGAAUACGAAUGGGUCUUGAAAUUCUACCAGUUACCUCAUCCACAAAUAAAAUUACGGUACAGCAGGGCAGAACUGGAAAUUUGGAGAAAGAGUUGGCAGUGCAGUCGACCAAACCCGAUUUCACAUCUCCUCCUGCCUUAUUCAAAUCAGGAAUUCCAACAAACAGGCGGUUACCUGGCACAAUAGAUGUGAUCGGACAGACCAUCACUAUCAGCAGGGUGGAAGGACGACGGCGUGCUAAUGAAAACAGCAACAUACAGGUUCUUUCAGAACGAUCUAAUCCUGAAGUAGACAAUUUUACCAAGCCACCUCCAUUUUUCCCUCCAGGAGCUCCACCUACCCACCUUCCACCACCCCCUUUUCUCCCACCCCCUCCAACUGUCAGUACUGCUCCACCUCUGAUUCCCCCACCAG